AAAGCAAGAAGUUCCACACACAACCAACUACAGUCCAUUACUGGACCUUGUUAGAGAUGUUGGCUGCACGUACUUGACUAAUCUUGACCAGGUAAAUUGAUUCAAAAUUGCGCUUUAAAAUUAAAUAAAGUGUAUUCUAUAGGCAUUAUAAUAUUUUUCAAGCAAUGUUUCUUUCAUGUUUCUUUUUCGAACUUAUUUCAGGGUGCUAAUGCAAACUACCGGUCAGAACGAACGAUGCAGGAGAUGAUUGAGGUUCUCGCCACUGUAACCCGGCAAAAGAUCCACAAGAGCUUACAAGAAAGCCCAUGCUUCAGCCUCCUCAUAGAUGAAACAACAGAUGUUGCUGUGCUCAAUCAACUCAUAAUCUUUGCCCAGUACCUCUCCCCGAAAUCUGGGAAGGUGACUACCUCUUUCCUCCAAGUGGUUGAUCUACCUAAUGGUCUCGCACAAACUAUAACAACUGCAGUGCAAGACAUGCUCCAAUCCUUGAGCCUACCCCAGACAAAGUUUGUGGGUUUGGGAUCAGAUGGUGCUAAUGUUAUGGUGGGCCAACACAACGGGGUUGCAGCUAAGCUACGGAGCACAAACAAACAGCUUGUAAACAUACACUGCAUUGCUCAUCGUCUUGCCUUAGCUGCUGCACAGUCAGCUGAAGGCAUCCCAUAUCUCCUGAAGUUCAAGAGCAUACUCGGACAACUGUUUCGCUUCUAUGAGUACUCAUCGGUGCGAACAAGUGGGCUAAAAGCAAUACAGGUCAGCCGAAAUUAA